AUGUUAAUCAAUUAUAAGGGAUAAGAAAUUAAAGUUGGCAAUAUUGAUUUCAAUACUUUGGUUGAAAUAAUAGAAACACGAUUUGCUUAUGAGCUUUAAUCUAUGUAUUAAAUCAUCUAUAUGGAUGAUGAUGAUUGCAAUCCUGUAGUUAUUAUAGAUGAUGAUUCAUUACAAGGUGCAAGUAAAUAUUUAUAAUUAAUUACUAAAGUAAAUCUAUGUCAGACUAAAAAUAUAGAACUUGUCUUAGAAAUUUAGAAUGCAAACAUUGAUGCUUCCACUUAUAUACUAAAAAGACAAAUUGUAUAUAUUAUCCUCUUAAAAAAUAGAGUACUGAAAAAUCAAAUAUUUAUUAAGAAAGUCUUCAUCAGGUCAAUGAAAAAUUAAGGGAAUAUAAAGAAUAAUAGAAAUUUCAAUAAAUUUAGGAAUCAAUUUAUGAAGUAAAGGAUGAGGAUCUAACAAUAUAACAUAUAAUGCAAUAUUACUAAAAUUAAUUGACUAAGUUUAUAACUAAUUAUAAUAAAUAAUCUGAUGAACAUAAAACUAAGCAUUAUUAAUAGUAUUAAGAAUGUUAUAGUUCUUUAUUGGAAAGAAUGAAUAAAAAAUUAUAUAAUUAAUUUGAGCUUAUUAUUUAGACAUAAAUGCACAUUUAAUAGAAUAUAGAGAAUAUAAAUGAUUUAUAAAAAUUUAAAUGA